AUGGUGCAAGCAGCCAAAAAAGCCAGGAAGAUUAUGGAGCAGCCGCAGUACAAAAACAUUAUCCUAAACAAGCAAUUUCUUGGCCCGUCCGUGCAAUCUGACGCCGAAUGGCUUGUGAGCGUUAAAAACUGCGUUAGAACUGAAUCUCACCCUCUGGGUACUUGCGCCUUGAUGCCUAAGGACCAUGCAGGUGUUGUUGACCCUCAACUCAAAGUUUACGGUACAGAAAAUUUGAGAGUUGUGGAUGCCAGUGUUAUUCCAAUUCAGAUUGGAGCUCACCCAGCGCUUACAAUUUACGCAAUUGCAGAAAAAGCAGCCGAGUUGAUCUUAAACCCCACCACCAAACCUCUCCUCCCAAACCUUCUGCAAUAA